AUGAACGAACCGUCCGGUACCUUGCUUCGCACCCACUUCCGCAAUGCACUGAACGGAUUGCCUGGUGGACUUCCGAAGUACGAUCAAGAGGGACUUCUCGAUGGUCUUUGUAUUCUUCUCUGUCGCCCACUCUUUCUCUACGCCAUCGCUCCGCGAGUCCGACGGGAAAGCUACAACGCCGACUCGACCUUCGGUGAAAAGGUUUCUCAGGCACUGCAAGACUCCGACAAGAAGUGCAAUGACGACAAGGGCAUCGAUAUUGACAUCUCCAAGCUGAAGGUCAAGAUAAAGUGGACCGCCAACGCCACGUCUACUGAAGACAUCGAAGACAACUCUGACGGUGACGGCGACGUCGGCGCCUGGGCUACGCAACUCCUCUACGGCGAUAACGUGUUGGUCGAAGGCCGUCAAGUCGGUAUCACGCGAGAGGACAGCUUUGUGCAGAGUUUCGCAUGGUUCUGCGACGAAGUAGAGUUCCUGCAGUUCCAGUUCCGGGGCCAGAGCCUAGCGACGCCGUUAAAGUUGAAGCUGAAGCUGAACUUGAAGGCGAAGAGUCCUGUGGGAGCCAAAGGCGGGAUGAAGAAGAAGGCAAGUGAGACUGAUAGGGUGGUGAAGAAGCGAAAGACGGAUCAAGGCAAGGCGCAGAAGCUUACGCUGAGGUUCCCGAAGGCGGUGUGGAACAGUGUGGAUGAGGGCAUGUGAGAGUGAGAGAGAGGCUUUGGGGGGUUU